GUUACCCUCAUACAGUCACACACAUGGCAGAGAGGGAUGACUGCGCAUAUUGAAUUAAAGUGUUUUUAUUAUUUGAAUCAGGUGAGAGGAAACCCCUGGAUGACUGAUGGAGGCAGUAAAUAAAAUGUUCCUGUCGGUCACAUCAGCCGAGCUCAGACUCUGAUCAACUGACCUGCAGAGAUCAUGUGACAGCAUGGAGGCGUCGCUGAAAACAUUCACCCGUUCACCACAUAAACACAGCAGCAGGAAACCCGUUUCACAAUAAACGGAUCAGGACACAAACAACCCCGAUCAGCUGGGAACGUUUAUCUCCUCACAGCGCAAUGACAUGAGGGGAGCAUGGGGGCCAAAGAGUCGAGGAUCGGAUUCCUGUCGUAUGACGAGGCCGUGAAGAGAGUCACUGAUGUGGAAUUGAAGCGUCUCAAAGAUGCCUUCAAGAGAACCAGCGGCAUCACCUAUUACAUGACCCAGCAGUGCUUCUACAGGGAAGUGCUGGGAGAUGGAGUUCCCCUUAAAGUCGCAGAGGUGAUCUACACCUCAUUCGGAGGCACGUCCAAAGGACUCCACUUCAACAACCUGAUCGUGGGUCUGGUGCUCCUGACCAGAGGACGCGAUGAGGAGAAGGCAAAGUACCUCUUCAGCCUGUUUGCCAGUGAUCUGGGAGGAUAUGCUGCCAGGGAAGACAUUGAAGCCGUUCUGCAGGUUCUGGAUGGAGAGGUCCCAACGUCCCUCAAGAAGUGCUUCAGUGAGGGUGAUAAGGUGAACUACGAGCGCUUCAAGAGUUGGCUGCUGCAGAACAAAGAGGCCUUCACUUUGUCCAGAUGGCUCCUGUCCGGAGGAGUGUGUGUGACACUCACAGACGACAGCGACACGCCCACCUUCUACCAGACCCUGGCUGGUGUCACACACUUGGAGGAGUCCGACAUUAUAGACUUGGAAAAGCGCUACUGGCUUCUGAAAGCUCAGUCCAGAACCGGCCGCUUUGACUUGGAAACCUUUGUCCCGCUGGUGUCUCCCCCCAUCCACGCCUCUCUGAGCGAAGGCUUGUUUCACGCCUUUGAUGAGAACCGGGACAAUCACAUCGACUUUAAAGAGAUCUCUUGUGGACUGUCGGCGUGCUGCAGGGGGCCGGUGGCUGAAAGGCAGAAAUUUUGCUUCAAAGUGUUUGAUGUGGACCGUGACGGGGUUCUGAGUCGAGAUGAGCUCCAUGAAAUGGUUGUGGCCUUGCUGGAGGUGUGGAAGGACAAUCGCACAGACACACUCCCCGAGCUGCACAGUAGCGUGUCAGACAUCGUAGAGAACAUCCUGAAGAUGCACGACACAACAAAGCUGGGUCACCUGACCCUGGAGGACUACCAGAUCUGGAGUGUGAAGAGCGCUUUGGCCAAUGAAUUCCUGAACCUGCUCUUCCAAGUCUGCCACAUAGUCCUGGGGCUUCGGCCUGGUACUCCUGAGGAGGAGGGGCAAAUCAUAAGAGGCUGGUUAGAGAGGGAGAGCAGACAUGGGCUGCAGCAGGGUCAGAACUGGUUCCUCAUCUCCAUGCUGUGGUGGCAGCAGUGGAAGGACUACGUUAAAUACGAGCAGAAAGGCAUCGUGGUGGAGCAGCCGUCCAUCAUUGGGUCUCUGCGGACUCCCAUGGCCACGGCCUUCGUAGAGUCCAGCCCACCAGACAGACUGGGAGGACUGGGAACCUUCAGUCAGGUCAGCCCCACGGAGGAGAGGUCACCCGACGCCGUGUCCAGCGCCUCAGAGGCUACAGAGAACGCCCUGAGUCCCCAGGUAGCUCACUCGGCCACAGAGAGCUGUUUCGCCCGUCAGCACAACGUGUCGGACAACAACAAUCAGUGUUUUUCUGGAGCCAACGGACACCUCCCCUCACAGCUGGCAGCACAAAGACCUGGAGCCAUCGACAACCAGUCUCUGGUCACCACUGACGCCAUGAAGGCUCCCACGUUAACCAUGGAGGGCGGCCGGCUGAGGCGCUCCCUGCAGCUGCAGACCAGCAGAGACUUUGAGACGGUGCCAGAGCCGGUGUGGCGGGCGCUCUACCACUGGUACGGUGCCAACCUCAGCCUGCCGCGACCGGUGAUCCAUGACAGCAAGACCGGCCAAGCAGAGCUGGAGCUCUUCCCCCGCUACCUCCUCUUCCUGCGCCAGCAGCCGGCCACGCGCUCCCCCCAGUCCAACAUCUGGGUCAAUAUGGCAGGCAGCGUGCCGUCACCCAACGCUCCUCUGAAGAGGGUUCUGGCCUACACGGGCUGCUUCAGCCGCAUGGGCACCAUCAAAGACAUCCACCUGUACCUGUCCCAGAGACUCCGCAUCAAAGAAGAGGACAUGAGGCUCUGGCUCUACAACAGUGAGAACUACCUCACCCUCCUGGACGAUGAAGAUCACACACUGGAGAGCCUGAAGAUCCAGGACGAGCAGCAGCUAGUUAUUGAAGUCAGGAACAAAGACAUGAGCUGGCCUGAGGAAAUGUCCUUCAUUGCCAACAGUAGUAAGAUGGAUAGACACAAAGUUCCCACAGAGAAGGGAGCCACAGGCCUCAGUAACCUCGGCAACACAUGCUUCAUGAACUCCAGCAUCCAGUGUGUGAGCAACACCAAGCCUCUCACCGACUACUUCAUCUCUGGGAGACACCUGUACGAGCUCAACAGAACCAACCCCAUCGGGAUGCGAGGUCACAUGGCCAAGUGUUACGGCGACCUGGUGAUGGAGCUGUGGAGCGGGACGCAGAAGAACGUGGCUCCGCUGAAGCUCAGGUGGACGAUAGCAAAGUACGCCCCCCGCUUUAACGGCUUCCAGCAGCAGGACUCCCAGGAGCUGCUGGCCUUCCUGCUUGACGGUCUGCACGAAGACCUGAACCGAGUCCACGAGAAGCCGUACGUGGAGCUGAAGGACAGUGACGGCCGGCCGGACUGGGAGGUGGCUUCUGAGGCAUGGGAGAACCACCUGCGCAGGAACCGCUCCAUCGUGGUGGAUCUGUUCCACGGUCAGCUCAAGUCUCAGGUGAAGUGCAAGACCUGCGGACACAUCAGCGCUCGCUUCGACCCCUUCAACUUCCUGUCGCUGCCGCUGCCCAUGGACAGCUCCAUGCACCUGGAGAUCACAGUGAUAAAACUGGACGGCUCCACUCCCGUGCGUUACGGCCUGAGGCUGAACAUGGAUGAGAAAUACACGGGGCUGAAGAAACAGCUGAGUGAGCUCUGCAGCCUGAAGCCCGAGCAGAUCCUGCUCGCUGAGGUCCACAACUCCAACAUCAAGAACUUCCCUCAGGACAACCAGAAGGUCCGUCUGUCCGUUAACGGCUUCCUGUGUGCGUUUGAGAUCCCUGUCCCCGGUUCGCCAACAUCACUGAGCUCCCCGACACUUACAGAUAUCACCCCGAUCGCUAACGGUUCAGCUGCUAACGGGAUUCUGGUAAGCAAGCCCGUCCUCAUCCCCAACGGAGGACCCAGCACGGUCGUCCCCUGCAGCCCCGAGACACCGCUCGCCAACGGGCUCGCCAACGGACACAUCACACCUGUGCAGGAGAGCCCCUUCAUCGGCUACAUCAUCGCCAUGCACAGAAAGAUGAUGCGCACGGAGCUGUACUUCCUGUCGUCUCAGAAGAACCGGCCCAGUCUCUUCGGGAUGCCGCUCAUCGUCCCCUGCACCGUCCACACCAGUAAGAAGGAUCUGUACGACGCCGUCUGGAUCCAAGUGUCCCGCCUGGCCAGCCCACUACCCCCACAGGAAGCCAGCAACCACGCCCAGGACUGUGAUGACAGCAUGGGCUACCAGUACCCCUUCACCUUAAGGGUCGUAGGGAAAGAUGGCAACUCAUGUGCCUGGUGUCCCUGGUACAGGUUCUGUCGAGGUUGUACCAUCGAGUGUUGUGAGGACAGAGCAUCUGUAGGAAACGCCUACAUCGCUGUGGACUGGGACCCCACCGCCCUGCACCUCCGCUACCAGACCUCCCAGGAGAGGAUCGUGGAAGAGCACUGCAGUGUGGAGCAGUCCCGUCGGGCGCAGGCCGAGCCCAUCAGCCUGGACAGCUGCCUGAAGGCCUUCACCAGCGAGGAGGAGCUGGGCGAGGACGAGCUCUACUACUGCUCCAAGUGCAAGACGCACCGGCUCGCCACCAAGAAGCUGGACCUCUGGAGGCUGCCCCCCAUCCUGAUCGUCCACCUGAAGCGCUUUCAGUUCGUGAACGGUCGCUGGAUCAAGUCCCAGAAGAUCGUGAAGUUCCCGAGGGAGAACUUUGACCCCAGCGCCUUCCUGGCUCCCAGAGACCUUGAGCAGCACUGCCUGCACUCCCGCAGCGAGAGCGAGGACCUGCUGAGGGUCAGAGAGGACAACCUGUCCUCCAUCUCUGCUCCCGCCGGCUUCUGCAACCUCAACAAAGCCUCUCCCGCCUCGAGCAGAAAGUCAGCGCCUUCUCUGAGCCAGACCAGCAGCCCCUCUUGCAGCCCAAAGACCGGCUCCGGAGGCCGCAAACCAGGCCGGCUCCGCCUCCCUCAGCUGGGCAGCAGGCACCGCCUCUCCAACAGCAAGGAGAGCCUGGACGGAGCCGCUAACCCAGAGGGCGAGUCACGUGACGGAGCGUCGCAGGCGGACACAGAGGGCGGGGGGACGGCGUUGAGCCACACCGAGUCAGGAGACGGGAUCACGUUAGAGUCGCUGAGCAGCACGGAGGCGUCCAGCAGCCACUGCGACGUGGUUCUGGUCAACGGGGAGAGCAACGGGCUGAGCUCAGACUGCAGCACAGAGAGCAGCGUGGACCCGGACAACGCUCUGAUUCAGCACAGAGACAACAUGUGUCUGGACGCCAUCUACAACCUCUAUGCAAUAUCAUGCCAUUCAGGAAUCAUGGGAGGAGGCCACUAUGUGACGUAUGCCAAAAACCCCAACGAGAAAUGGUACUGUUACAACGACAGCAGCUGUAAGGAGCUUCACAACGAGGAGAUCGACACCGACUCGGCCUACAUCCUCUUCUACGAGCAGCAGGGCGUCGAGUACUCCCAGUUCCUGCCAAAGAUCGACGGCAAGAAGAUGGCCGACACCAGUAGCAUGGACGAAGACUUCGAGUCGGACUACAAGAAGUACUGCGUCCUCCAGUGAUCGUCUUCCUGAACCUCCUGCUGCUGUGAGCGGGACAGACUGACUCAGAUCCAUCUGAUCACAAACUGCUAAAGUCCGGCUGUGCUCUCUGAGUCCGGGGACGCGUCGCAGCACUUUCUUCUCUUGAUCCCAAACAUGGAUUAGUGCAAACGUUUGCCAAGACGACAAUGAAGCCCCGGCGAAAGCACUAAACUGGUGCACUUUGCUGAGCCUGACAAAACAAACCCCUUCCUCCUCCCUCUCCUCCUCCUCCUCCUCUUCCUCCUCCUCCCUCACCAUAACUCACGUAUGUAACGUUUACUCGCAUACUAACACAUCUCUGAAUGUAUGCCAGCGUGGCCAAGUCAUGAAAUCUAACUCUGCAUCUAUCACCUGUGAUGUGAGGCUGAAAACAACGCUUACACCUGAAGUUAUCAUGUGACCCGAGCCAGAAGAAGAAGAAGAAGAGUGCAGGACGGACUCCAGGUGUAAAUUCAAGGAUUCAGAUUCAGACGCCAACAGUCCGAUUUGAUGGCGCCGUGCAGCGUGACGCUAAAUUCUGUCUGUCGGAUUCUUUGUUGACAUUUUAAAAAACGGCUCCUCCAAAGGUUUUAUUAGCGAUCGUGUCCCUUAAUUCAUACGCUACCUCAUCGCUUCACGCAGUGUCGGCCAACCCCCCAAACGUCUCUGACAGUAUUAAUAUCCGGUAAUGCUUCCCAGGAGUCAUGGUACACAUUUCAUUUUGCUUCACUCUCUCGUCCUCGUGUGGAGCUGAAGAGAGUUUAACCACACAGCUGCCAAAUAUCAGUGCUAUUAGUGCAAUCUUACCCAUAAUGCCCCUGAAACUCAGAGCGCUUCAGCGUGGGUCUGGGUUUCACUGAGGACAGGUGCCAUGAUUUCAAACGAGAGACGCUAUGAGAGAGUUCUUCAGUAUGUGUAUCUUGCUCUGCAGAGUUUGUUGUUGUUGUUGUUGUUGAUUCUUUUAUUGUGAUUGAUUUUCUGUUUCUUCAGGCGUCAGGAGAAACUUCAGGUUCCAGACUCUGAGGUCUCAGAGUUCACAGAGGGCGGUCCAGCUUGGUUUGACUGUGCCCAUGUUUCUCCUGCUGCAGCUCUCAACCAUAGUCCAGACUAAAACCUGUCCCCUUUUAACGCAGAGAUUCUGCUACACUGCUGACCUGGUUUCAUUAAAAUGCGGUCUGGUAAUUGAACACAGUGGCGCGUAAAGGCAUCCAAAUUUAAGAUACUUUGAUCAUUUUCAAUACCACGUUCUUUUUAUGUCCUGAAGUAUCAAAAUGCAUCAAAGCUCAUGAAAACACAACAAAUCUACUGUCAUUAUAAAGCAAAAGAGAGAGCAGAUUGCAUGCCGUGUGUCUCUGCUCUGCUCUCCAUCACACCUGAAGCUCUCCAUAAGUCUGGACGCAUCGCAAACAGUUUUGAAUCACAUGCCAGCAUCUUUUGAAGUCCCUGAGGAGUCUCAUCAAGGUGCAGAGGAGAGAGGCGGUGAUGCUUCCUGGUCUCUGAACGUUUUCAGGGAGCUUCAAACCGACGCACAAAGACUGGAGCUUUAAGGCGUCUAAAAUAAGAACAUUUGAAAGACGGAAGAAUCUCUGCAGACACACACACACCACUAUUCUUCUUUGAGGUUCAGAGUUCUUGUCUCAUGUGGUCAUAGUCUCAAAACUCACCUGUUAUAAUAACAAUCAUAUAUGAAGCCAGUUAUCCGAUGUGACGAGUCUUAAAGACUUCUAUCAAACCCCUGAGACAAACCGUUCUACCUUCUGUUGACUCAAGUGUCUAAAGCUACAACACACUCAUCUGUCAGUCAACUCAACUUAUACAAACUAACAGAUAACUCUUUAUCUUAAUAAUACAGGUUAAUAUCUUAACCAAUGCACCGUUAAAAAACAAAGUCAUCCUCGUACAGGGUGUUAGAAUAAAUGAAUGUGCUGCAGAACGUCUUUAGAUUUGCUGUAAAAUUAACAUUUUAUUCUGGAUGCCUUUGCUUUUGCCGCCAGCUUGUGGACACUCGAGGAACUGCAGCUUAUUGCAGCUUCAUUCCCGUUCACGGUCUUGUAGUUGUGUUCUAGGCGUGUCAGUGUGAACAGAGAUAAAUCCUCUUCUAAAAUGAAAACACAGCUUCCUGGACGUCGCCUCAAAGUCAACACAAACGCACAUUUAAGGAGGUUUUAAGUCGCUUUUUUAAACGCUACUUCUGCAGAAUUUUGCAAGAAAAUGACAGCCUAGGUCUGGAGAGUUCCUACUUCUUAAUAUCCGUUAAAACACUUCAUUUUAAAGGAAAAGCAAAAAAAAGACAAAGUCCUUAAGGUAGUAGCAUCGAACAGACCCUGAACCUCUGAGGAUGAGUUUGUUUAGAAGUGUGCACCUGAAAGCUUUCAUCCACACUAAAUGUAAAAGCCUUGUAUGACCUGCAGAGCUGAUCGUAUCAUACUUGAUAUCCUGCUUACUGUAAGAGGUGCACACUCCUAAACAAACAUGUUGAUGCAUCUAUUGUACGAGCUACAAAUCUGAAAUCUAAAAGAAAUCCAGACUUUUAUAAACUUCUGUCCCCACAAAAAAAACUACAAACACCAGGUGACAUCAGGUGGUUUGUUCUCCUUGAGAGCUGCAGCAGUGAGUCUAUAAGCUUCACUACGUCUCUGGACCCCCCAACAUGUAGAUCAUCCUUUGUUUUUCUGAGUCCAGCUCCCCCGGCUUCUCUAAGUUCGUGUGAAUCGACCCCCCUCACGUCUCUGCUGCGUGGAGUCCAGUCUGGUGUGUAGCAGUGUGUGUGUGGAGCUCCUUGGGCUCAGUCUAAUCACUGUGAACAGAGAAAGCAGCAGACGGUUGGUCCAGUGUCCCGCUCCGUUUGGUCCCCCUCUCUCUCUCUCUUUCUCUCUCUCUCUCUCUCUCUCUCUCUCUCUCUCUGUGUUCGCCCUUUUUUAGCUGCUGUAUUUAUGAGGAGAGAGCAUCGUUGUCGUCGUCGUGGAUGUAUUGGAGAGAAACGUCACUGAAUGAAACUUUAUUUUCCUUCACAUUUGUUGAACAAAUGGAAAUGUACAGAUGAGUGCUAUUUAUGUCUGCUUGCUCAGCUCUCCUCCUUUCUCCUCCCAGUCCGAGUUUCAAACGUCACCACAUGGCUCAAAGGGAAAAAAAAACGUCUCUUUGUAAUGUUUGCUUCAUUUUAAAGGUGCAAUAGCUGUCAAAUUGUCUUGUUUUGGCUGUGAAUGAUCCCUCAAACGGCUGCCUGUGUGAUGCUAAGCUAACAUACCUGUAGCUGGAACUGUAUUAGCAAAAACACAACUCAGAGUCAGGGUUGAUUUCAGCACAACUUCAAAAGAACUGAGCUUAGACGCUGAAAUUGAACCGAGCAUAUGAACCACAAAGACUGUACGUUAAGCCCCUCCCCUUUAUGGAAGCCCCGCCCUCUUUGUCCCCGCCCACAGGAGAAUAUUUCAAGUGUCGGCAGGCGGUGCAAUCUACUACUGAGCUGUCUGUCAGUGUCUGUAGCCACUUUUUAUUUAAGUCCAUCUCUGUGGGAUCUGAAGCGGAGCUGUUAAUUUAAAGAACUGUUUUUGUAACGUGUUUGUUGAACGAGAGCGACAUCGCACUGACAUGAAAACAUGAAAACAUGUACAUACAAAAUGUGUUUUGUAAAUAAGCCAAUGAAAACGAUGUAUUUGAAUAUGAACUGUACAAAAUACUGUCCUCGUAGUUGUAUAUGGAGUGAAACCGUUGAUCUGUAACAAAAUACUCAAGCAACAAAUUAAAUACUGCAGAGGAAACGACGA